AUGAGCUUUGCAAAUCUAGCAUCCUCGCUCGCAACCUGACCUGCUCGCACCAACGGCAGCCGAAAUGCGGCAACCCGAACCCCUCCACUGUCUCCUCCUCCUCACGGUCGCCUCGCUCUGCGGGCUAGCGCGCACGGUGGCGGCGGGCGACGACGGCGGCAUGCCGCUGGUCACCGCGAUCACCAAGGACGCGGCCACCUCGCUCUACACCGCGCCGCUCCGGGAAACCCGCCCGCUCGUCCUCGACCUCUCCGGCCCCAUGGUCUGGACCACCUGCGACGGGCCCUCCCAUGACACGCUCGACUGCAGCAGCGACGCCUGCACGCGCGCGCACCGGUUCCAGCCGCCCAACUGCCCGCAGACCGGCUACGGCGAGCACGACGCCCGCAACCGCUGCAAGUGCACCGCGCACCCGCACAACCCCGUCUCCGGCUACACCGCGUCGGGGGACGUGACGCGCGUCACGCUCUCCGCCAACGCCACCGACGGGAAGAACCCUCUGUAUGAGGUGUCGUUCACCGCCGUGGCAUCCUGCGCGCCGGCGUUGCUCCUGGCCAAGCUGCCGGCGGGGGCGGCCGGCGUCGCGGGGCUCGCGCGCUCGGGCUUCGCGCUCCCGGCGCAGGUCGCGGACACGCAGAGGGUCGGUAACAAGUUCGCGCUCUGCCUUCCCAGCGCCGGCUCCGGCGCCGGCGUGGCCAUCUUCGGCGGGGGCCCGCUCUUCCUCCUCCCGCCGGGCCGGCCGGACGUCAACGCGUCCCUGGCCGGCUACACGCCGCUGCGAAAGCACGGCGAGUCCCCCGGGUACUACAUCUCGGCCGACAAGGGCAUCGCCGUGAACCAGGCGCCGCUGCAGCUCGACAAUGGAUACGGCUCACCGCUGGUCCUCGGGCUGUGCUCCACGACCCCGUACACGGCGCUCCGGCCCGACGUGUACCGUGCGUUCAUCAAGGCGUUCGAUACGGCCACGGCGGGCAGGGCGAGGAUCACACCGGCGGUGGUACCGUUCGAGCUGUGCUAUAACUCGACGGAGCUGGGGUCGACGCGGCUGGGCUACGCCGUGCCUCAGAUCGACCUGAUGCUGGAGGGCGGCAGGAACUGGACGGUGUUCGGCGGCAACUCCAUGGUGCAGGUGAGCGACGACACGGCGUGCCUCGCCUUCGUGGAGAUGAAGCAGGGGAAGGUGGACAAGCAGGGCGGGUCGCCGGCGGCGGUGAUCGGAGGGUUCCAGAUGGAGAACAACCUGCUGGUGUUCGACGAGGAGAAGCAGCGGCUCGGCUUCAGCUCGCUGCUCUGGGGCAGGCAGACGACGUGCAGCAACUUCAAUUUCACCAUGGCUGCCUAGCUCGCCAAAGGUUUAUGCCAUCGUGGUUGUAUGUGCAUUGUGCUUUUUUCCAAGUGGUCCUAUUCUCUGAAAUCGGAACUUGCCAUCCGUAAGAUUUAUAUAUUCACUGCAUAACAUUGAACAAUAAACUGGCGUGUCAACGAAGCAUUUGUUAGGUUGUCAGGGAGGAGACACAAAUUUUUUCCCUUUUACCGGAGUUCAAAUAUGUUAACCCUUUUUGUGACGGUCAAGGAC